AUGGACAUAAAUAGAGGACGUACCUGGCCGGCAGACCCAUUGACCAUCAUCAAAGCCCUAGAAUACCACACCCUUAGUGAAGACGAUCAACCCUGGAAUUCGUUCUCUUCUCCCUUGUUCAGCAUCACCUGCAGGUUCGUCAAGCUUCCCUCAACCGCCAAAGCUCUCACACCAUCCCCGGUAACAAUGCCAUCCAACAACCAGACCAACGACCGCAAGGAGACGGAGUACCGCCUUGGUCUCGCCUCACCCACGGCCAACGCGCUGCAGAAGCAAGGCCUCUCGUCCGGCGAACGACGCGGCAAGACCUACAACAACGACCCCUACAAAAUGCCUACAACGCAGGAAGAGUCGCAGCUCACCAAAGCAGCCAAUGUUUCGUCUGAGCGGCGCAAGCAUGUCACUGAGAAUGUCGCGAGUUCCUACAGAGAGUCCAAGUAG